GCAACGUAUUCGAAUCAAAUCAAAGAUGGCGGAUGGACUUGACGUUUUCUGUGACACUUGUUUUGAUCACAUUUGAUAAUCAUAAUCAUGGAAAGUGAAGUUUCGUCCGAGGAAGGCACCAUUAAAAGCUCAAAAGGCUUAAGAUUGUUCUCCAAAUGUUGGAAAUUGAAAGGCACAAGACCACGUGCACUGAUAUUUGUCAGCCAUGGAGUGGGUGAGCAUUGCUCAAGAUAUGAAGAAUUUGGACAUCAGUUGGCCAAACAGGGUUUUCUUGUUGUUUCACACGAUCAUGUGGGUCAUGGUAGAAGUGAAGGGGAGAAAGUUCAGAUCUCUUCCUUUAAAAUCUAUACUGCUGAUGUAUUGAAACACAUUGACGAGGCAUCUGUGAACAAUGGAGGACUUCCUAUCUUUCUUUUUGGUCAUUCCAUGGGAGGAACUGUUGCAAUCAUGUGUGCAAUGGAAAGGCCCCACUUUUUCACUGGCAUUGUACUUAGUGCACCUGCUAUUUUGGCGAAUCCGGAGACUGCAACGCGUUUCAUGAUCUUCUUAGGAAAAAUAGUAUCGCGCGUUGCACCUUCGUAUCAAGUCGUUGGAUCUGAAAAUUCCUCUCUUCUCAGUCGAGACCCUGAGCAGGUUGAAGCGCUGAACAAUGACCCACUAGCGUGGAAGGGAGGUCUUAAAGCCAAGUGGGCAAUGGCCAUCCAUGAUGCCAUGGAACACAUCAAAGAAAAUCUCCCCAAAAUUGAGUGGCCGUUUCUAGUGCUUCAUGGAGAUGCAGAUCAACUCACGAUGGUCGAGGGCUCAAAGAUGCUAGAGCAAAAGGCGUCAAGUAAAGAUAAAACCAUAAAGAUUUAUCCAGGUUUUUACCACAAGCUUUUGAAUGAGCCAAAAGAAGAUGCAGCUCUUGUUAUGAGUGAUAUAAUUGCGUGGAUAAACCAAAGAUUGCCGUCGACAGACGCAAAAUAAUGUUCAUUAAACGACCUACGGGGGUAACGAUCUUUUUAGUGGAAAGGUCCUCCAGUUUGAUAGCCUGCUACAUGUAACAUGGCAUAAACUGUCCAUGUCAACGGUGACAUUUUUAAAUACUGUGCGCCUAGAACUAUGAGGCGUUAAGACAUUUUAUCUUCAGUUCUUAGGACAAUUGUAAAAAGUGAAAACUGCUUAAGUGCUGGAAAAUAAUUCUAUGUAGCAUAUUUUUAGGUUAUAAAAUAAGAAAAGGUUAUGCCUUUUUUUCUUGUUUAGCUGUAAUUUUGUACCCAGAUUUCAGUCUGUUUGACGCUUGGCCGUGGGAGAUCAGGGUUCCAGAAUCGUUUAGCUGGCCCUUUGUGAGCUGAAAAUCGCCGGAUACCAGUGAUAACAAAAAAUCAAUUGCAGCUAUUGUAAUCUUUUUUUUGUUUGUUUGUUUGUUUGUUUUUUUUCACCUCGUCCCUCUUCGUUUUCAAUACCCGCUUGUAAAUGGUUCUGUUUCGGUGUUUUUUUUGUAGCAUGUCGAGUCAAAAUUCACGGCUCACAAAACACAUGUAGGUUAAAUUAUGCUUCUGCCGGCUAACAAGUAUUUUUUUUUUUUUAAUUAAUCGCUGAACCUAAAUGUCGGUUAUAUUUCACUUGUAAUGUCAAUUAAACUACCAUGCAAUACUA